UUCCUCAUUGAUUCACAUUCUUCAGUUCUCAUACUUCUCCAACCGAAUCAGAUUCUUCUCGAGAUGGCUCUUCCGCUCCGCACCGCUCGUCAUGCCUCCCGGCUAGCCCAGACAAUCGGCCGCCGCGGCUACGCCACUGCUGAGCCAGACCUCAAGUCCGCCCUGAAGGCCGUCAUCCCCGCGAAGCGGGAACUCCUCGCCGAAGUCAAGAAACAAGGCGACGAAGUUAUUGGCGAAGUCAAGGUCUCCAAUGUCAUUGGCGGCAUGCGUGGCCUCAAAUCUAUGCUCUGGGAGGGUUCCGUUCUCGACGCAGACGAGGGAAUCCGAUUUCACGGCAAAACCAUCAAGGAUUGCCAGAAGGAGCUGCCCAAGGGCCCUACGGGCACAGAGAUGCUGCCCGAAGCCAUGUUCUGGCUGCUUCUUACCGGGGAAGUCCCUUCGACAUCCCAGGUCCGGGCGUUCUCGAAGCAAUUGGCCGAGGAGUCGCACCUGCCAGACCACAUCCUCGACCUGGCUAAGUCGUUCCCAAAGCAUAUGCACCCCAUGACGCAGAUUAGUAUUAUCACUGCUGCGCUUAACACAGAGUCCAAAUUCGCCAAGCUCUACGAGAAGGGCAUCAACAAGGCAGACUACUGGGAGCCUACCUUUGACGACGCCAUCUCGCUUCUCGCAAAGAUUCCCCGUGUCGCGGCGCUCGUCUUCCGCCCCAACGAGAUCGAUGUCGUUGGCCGCCAGAAACUCGACCCGGCCCAGGACUGGUCCUACAACUUCGCCGAGCUCCUCGGUAAGGGCGGUGCGAACAACGCCGACUUCCACGACCUCCUCCGUCUUUACCUCGCUCUCCACGGCGACCACGAGGGCGGCAACGUUUCCGCCCACGCAACCCAUCUUGUCGGUUCUGCUCUUUCCGACCCGUUCCUCAGUUACUCCGCCGGUCUGCUCGGUCUAGCCGGGCCCCUGCACGGUCUCGCAGCCCAGGAAGUGCUUCGCUGGAUCCUAGCGAUGCAGGAGAAAAUUGGCACCAAAUUCACCGACGAGGACGUCCGCGCGUACCUCUGGGACACGCUUAAGUCUGGCCGUGUUGUUCCUGGAUACGGUCACGGUGUGCUCCGCAAGCCGGAUCCCCGCUUCCAGGCCCUCAUGGACUUCGCCGCCACGAGGAAGGAUGUCCUCGCCAACCCGGUCUUCCAGCUCGUCAAGAAGAACUCAGAGAUUGCCCCUGGAGUGCUCACUGAGCAUGGAAAGACCAAGAACCCCCACCCCAACGUCGACGCCGCCUCAGGCGUGCUCUUCUACCACUACGGAUUCCAGCAGCCGCUCUACUAUACUGUGACAUUCGGUGUGUCGCGUGCUCUGGGUCCCCUCGUGCAGCUGAUCUGGGACCGCGCGCUUGGCCUCCCCAUUGAGCGGCCGAAGAGCAUCAACCUGCUCGGCCUGAAAAAGUAACUGUUUUGCCUUCCCAACUUGCUUAUGAAUGAUAUCACUGUGUUGCGUGUUAUGUAGCUAGCCUGCGGUUGAUUUUAGUUUCGCCAAUUGAAUCAUAUUAGACUAGACAUAGAGUCUAUAUUUGCGCUA